UCGGAGGCUUCUUUUAAAUGAGCUCCACGUAAAGGUCACUUGAAAAUGCUCUGCCCUUUUGAUCAGCGUUCACGUUCUACACCAUCUUUGCUUAGUUAUUAAGCGGACAUAUCUUCAUCUCUCUCGUCUCGUCUCUCCUCUGCGUCUCUCCCUUUCCAUCCGAGCUCUCUUCCCGUCUAUAAUGUCGAUCGUCCGGUUGCGGCCGGUCCUCCACCUGCCUCCCAGAGAAAAGCCUAGGUUUCCUCCCCACGAGCUGAGGAGAUUGAAGGUCCUUUGCCCGAUCCGCUACCCCAAACUCGUCUUCCGGGCUUCCAGAGGACUCUCCAACAACUAUGCUCGAAAGGCUCUUCGGAUCGUGAGGGCGGGGUUGGCCCCGACACCGUCUCUCGCCGACGCCGCGGAGACCGAGGUGUUGUUCUCGGAGACGUUUUCCUUGAAGCGGACCCAAACGGUCGAAGGGAAGUUAUCGGUGAGAUUGGAUCCGGCGGAGGGUGAGGGAUCGAGAUGGCGGCUGGCGGUGGGGUGUAAUCUGGAAGGGAAGUGGAUUUUGCACUGGGGAGUCACCUAUUGCGAUGAUCUCGGAUGUGAAUGGGAUCAACCUCCUCUGGAGAUGAGACCUCCUGGCUCGAUUCCCAUCAAGGAUUAUGCAAUUGAAACACCCUUGAAGAAAUCUUCAUCUGCUUUGGAGGGACAGAUACUUCAUGAAGUGCAUAUUGAUUUUGAUAGUAAUAGUCCAAUUGCAGCUAUUCAUUUUGUUUUGAAGGAAGAGGAAACAGGAGCAUGGUUUCAGCACAAGGGUAGGGACUUCAGAAUUUCCUUGAAGGAUUUUAUUGAAGAGGACAAUGCUUCCAAUGGAAAGCAAGGAUUCGGCAUAUGGCUAGGUACUUUUGAUCAGAUAUCUAGCUUACUGGUGAAAGCUGAGGGAUCUAGUUCUAAACCCCAGGAGACUGUUGGUGAAGCCAAAGUUACUAAGCAGCAGAAUGGGCACAUUCAAGCAUUUCAUGAAGAAUAUUCUUUGUUGAAAGAAGAGUUUCUUCAGAAUUUUAUGACAGUUACUGUAAGGAAAAGUGAUGAGUCAGACAAGAAUAUAGUGCAAUUUGACACCGAUGUACCUGGUGAUGUUGUUGUUCACUGGGGAGUCUGCAGGGAUAAUGGCAAGAAAUGGGAAAUCCCACCACCUCCUCAUCCUCCAGCAACCAAAAUUUUUCGGCAUAAGGCUCUUCAAACUUUGUUGCAGCCAAAAACAAAUGGCCUUGGUAGUCGGGGGUUGUUCUUGCUGGAUAAAGGAAUAUCAGGUGUUCUUUUUGUGCUCAAGCUUAACGAAUCCACAUGGUUGAAUAAUAUGGGAACAGAUUUCUAUGUCCCCUUCACAAGUGCAAGUAGUUCAUCCAUUCAGGCCUGUCAGGAUAGUACUGCAAACAAACAGCUAACAUGGACACAGCCUCAAGACAUGAGACAUGGCCAAGCACAGGAUAUUAUAAAUGAACGUUCUGAAGCAAGUUUUAUUCAAAAAUCCAAAACUGGGGUACCUGAAAAUUCCUCAAAUAAUGGGGAGACAAAUCAAGCAGUUGAUCAUGCUGCGUAUACUGAUGAAAUAAUUUAUGAAAUAAGGAAUUUAGUAACUGAUAUAUCAUCUGGAAAACGUAAGGGCACAAAAAGUAAAGAAGCACAGGAAAACAUCCUCCAAGAAAUUGAAAAAUUGGCUGCAGAAGCUUAUAGCAUCUUCAGAAGCUCCAGUCCAAAUUUUGUGGAGGAAUCUGUCUUUGGUGUUGAAUCUUUGAAGCCUGGUGUAAAAUUAUGUUCAGGGACAGGCUCUGGAUUCGAAAUACUAUGCCAAGGAUUUAACUGGGAAUCUCACAAAUCAGGAAGAUGGUAUUCUGAGCUCAGUGCAAAGGCCAAGGAAUUAUCUUCAUUGGGAUUUACAGUUAUAUGGUUGCCACCGCCUACUGAAUCUGUAUCACCUGAGGGCUACAUGCCAAAGGAUUUAUAUAAUCUGAAUUCCAGAUACGGAAACAAGGAAGAACUGAAGGACAUUGUGAAAAGGUUUCAUGAAGUGGGCAUUAAAGUUCUUGGUGAUGUUGUCUUAAAUCAUCGAUGUGCUCACGAUCAGAAUCAGAAUGGUGUCUGGAAUAUUUUUGGUGGUCGUCUGAAUUGGGAUGACCGAGCUAUUGUUGCUGAUGAUCCACAUUUCCAGGGCAGAGGCAACAAGAGUAGUGGAGAUAAUUUCCAUGCAGCACCAAACAUUGACCAUUCUCAGGAAUUUGUGAGGAAUGAUCUCAAAGAAUGGCUUUGCUGGUUGAGAAGAGAAGUUGGAUAUGAUGGAUGGAGAUUAGAUUUUGUCCGAGGGUUUUGGGGUGGUUAUGUAAAAGACUACUUGGAAGCAAGUGAACCAUCUUUUGCAGUGGGCGAGUUUUGGGACUCUCUCAGUUAUACAUAUGGUGACAUGGACCAUAAUCAAGAUGCUCACAGGCAGAGAAUCAUUGAUUGGAUAAAUGCCACAAAUGGAACUGCUGGUGCCUUUGAUGUCACUACUAAAGGAAUCCUUCACACUGCCUUGGAAAAAUGUGAGUAUUGGCGAUUGUCUGACCAAAAGGGGAAACCGCCUGGGGUUGUAGGUUGGUGGCCAUCUCGUGCUGUUACAUUUAUAGAAAAUCAUGAUACUGGCUCUACUCAGGGUCAUUGGAGAUUCCCAUCCGGUAAGGAGAUGCAAGGAUAUGCCUACAUCCUGACACAUCCUGGCACGCCUGCAGUUUUUUAUGACCACAUCUUCUCUCACUAUCAACAAGAAAUUUCUAGACUAAUCUCACUAAGACAUCAAAAGAAGAUUCACUGCAGGAGUACGGUAAAGAUAACCAAGGCAGAGAGGGAUGUGUACGCAGCUGAGAUUGAUGAGAAGAUUGCAGUCAAAAUUGGGCCAGGACAUUACGAACCAUCAAACAGUCCCAAGAAAUGGGUUUUGGCUGCUGAAGGAAAAGAAUACAAGGUGUGGGAGGCAUCUUGAACUGUGUGCAGCGUCAACUCUUACCAAAUUAUUUGUUCAUAAUUGAUUUUAAAGUUUAUAUCGAAUGUUAUAUAAGGAAAAUAAUAUGUAUUAUUAGCAUAAGGAGUGGUUCCCAGCUGGAGUCCCAGAUAGAGCUGAUGUAUCAAUAAAGCCUUAAAAUUCAAUUAUUGCCACUAAGAGUCCUGGAAAACAUGUGUAAGGUAUCACUGUAUUAAUAAUUACAUUUGUAUUAUUGGCCAUUUUUUCUUACAUUGGAUUGAACCUAGCCUGUAUUCAUAUGUAUAUGUGUACUUCUUUUAUUU